AUGAUAACAACUGUCUUCAGACGCUACAUAUCAAUAUCAAACAUGGCUAAACAGCAAACUAUCGAAAGGGUCCAAGGUUUAAUUAAAUCUAAACCAAUCUUCAUUGCUUCAAAAGCUACUAAGAGUACUAUCUCUGAAAUCACUAAAGAUGCCUAUAUCUUGGAAUUAGAUGAAUUAGAUGAUGGAGCUGAUAUCCAAGAAGCUUUAUUUGAAAUUACUGGUCAAAAAACCGUCCCAAAUGUUUUCAUUAAGGGUGAACACAUUGGUGGUAAUUCCGAUGUCCAAGCUUUAAAAUCUUCUGAUAAAUUAGAAUCUAAAAUUAAAGCUGCUUUAUAA